AUGAAGCUUAGCCUCAUUGGAGCUGUCGUUCUGGCUACCGGUGCCAUUGCCGGAAUGGGCCCGAAUGACUACACAUGCUGGAACAAGAAAUGUGCUGGCAAAUGUGAACCAAAGAAUGGCGGAAGAGAAGGCGACAUCAUUGGCAGAAUAAUCAAGCCAGGAGACAAAUGGUGCUAUAUGAAAGGUGGCAGCGACAACUAUGGAGAUUUCCCGCGAAAGUGUGAUCCAACCCUAGGAUGCGGCGCACCUCAUGAUAACAAGCUUGGUUGCAUCACGAAGGAUUAUGAUGAGGGCUCGGGUGGAUGUACCGAAGGGAAGACCUACUAG